CAACUUUCCCAUUAUCCUCCCUAAAGAAAAUCGAAGCUGCGGCUACGUCUUUUGCAUCUUCGUCGCAUCACUCUCCACAAAUUAAAUCAAAAUAUGGCGUAUGCAGCAAUGAAGGCAACAAAACCAGGGCUAGAGGAGCCCCAGGAGCAGAUUCACAAGAUUAGAAUCACUCUUUCUUCCAAAAACGUUAAGAAUCUUGAGAAAGUGUGUGCUGAUCUGGUUCGUGGUGCCAAGGACAAGAGGCUCAGGGUAAAAGGACCUGUGCGAAUGCCCACAAAGGUUCUCAACAUUACCACUAGAAAGUCGCCCUGUGGAGAAGGCACAAAUACAUGGGACAGGUUUGAGCUGCGGGUGCACAAGCGUGUGAUUGACCUUUUCAGUUCCGCAGAUGUUGUCAAGCAGAUCACCUCAAUCACCAUUGAACCCGGUGUUGAGGUUGAGGUCACCAUUGCUGAUUCUUAGAUUUCUCUGUUUUCGUUAGCUAAACCAGAUACUAAGUACUAUAUUUGAUAUUGGGAAGAGGAUUUGUCCGUUAUUUGACAGCAAGUGUGAUGAAUUUUCAGUGACUACUAGUUUUUGGGCUAGCAGAAAAACACCAACCAGCGGUAUAUAAAGAGCACGAAAAGAAAAAAUGUUGAUCUGGUUUUGCCUUGGGGCCUCUAGAAAAUGCUACUGUUGCUAUCGUAACUUCAAAUACAUGGCAAAGUUUCAUAUUAGUUACGGAAGUUCAUUGUUGCUAUAAAUUUGUGGUUUGCAUCA